GCUAAUUUUUUUUGUUUUUUUAAUUUUUCAGUUGGAGUUUUGGGCUUUCGCUAUGAGCUUGUCUCACGGGUCCAAUCUGAUUUACUCGUCUCUCCUCCAGUCCUCCUCCCGUCCUCUCCUCUCAAACUCGCUUGUUUUCUCUAUCUUCUUCUUUAUGCACGCGCCAUGGUGUAACCUUAGCAGCCGGGGAAGUUGUUUGGCUUUACAGCAACCUUACGCUCUUUCCACAGCCAAAAUUUGGUGGGAAAAUAAUAGACAUUGUCUCUGGAAAUAUUGGAAGUUUGGAACACCUGAACAGCAAGCUGCAUCUUUAAACGCAGUCAGGGACACCAUCCUUGGGAUCUUUCUUAUUGUUGUUGUUGGCCCUUUUGUGCAGUUCGGGCUGAGUUGAACUUGAUAGACAAAUGGUGCCAUGAACUUGUGUCUGGUUUGCAAUUUCUGUCGUAGAUCCAUGCACAUGCACAUAUGGAGGGAGGAAGAACACAGAUAUGUCUCUGCUUCAGCCCAGAACUUCACCUUUCUGUCAUGGAAAAAUCUUGAAGCUGGUCUCUGAAAUAGAGAGGCUUUGCCUGCAUGCUUUGGUCUUGGGUAGACGAUUAGGCUAAAUUUCUUGCAUUAACUUCUUAUUUAAGUAUGCAGUAUGUUUUAGGAUUAUUAUUUUAUAUUGUAAGUUCAUUCAUCCACACACAGGAGAAACUAUACAUUUUUCCCGUGCCUAAUCCCUCCAGAUUUUGCACAGAUUUUGAGCUAAUUUGGGGAAUUGGCAGUUUGGCACCUUUAAUGUAUUUACCUUCAAUCUGAUUAAGUACUUACAUUUA